AUGGACGAACAGCGAACACGCUCUGAAAAUAAACAACCAAACUUCCUUCCCACCAACUCCGACCUCGAACACAAUGAGGUGAGUCGAAUUCCCUCCCUUCGAGUUGUCUCAUUUUUCCUUCGCAGCCAAUACGUCCAUGUUCCAAAAUCCGAAUUGGACGAGGUGCAACUUCGUCAGCUCGAGGAGCACGAAAUAUCGCAGGGCCCGCUGUCAGUUCUCCAGCAAGCUGUCCGAAACCAUGCGCAAGUUCUCAUAUCCCUACGGAACGACAAAAAGCUUCUCGCUCGAGUAAAGGCCUUUGAUCGGCAUAGCAAUAUGGUACUGGAAAAUGUUAAAGAGAUGUGGACAGAAAUUCCGAAAGGAAAGAACAAAAAGCCUGUAAACAAAGAUAGGUUCAUUAGUAAGAUGUUCUUGCGGUGA